AACUAGUAACUUUGAUCAUGGCAGGUUUGAUAAGAACAGAAUGAUCCUGUAAACAUAUUAGAUAUUAUACACAUCGUUUGAAGUUAUGGGGGUCAAACUGGAAGUUAGAGGUUUUGAAGAUGCUGAAGUGACCAGCAAAUCUCAACUAAUAGGGUUAAUAGUUCGGUUGGUGUUUACUGGGGCUGCUGGCUACUUUCUCUAUAAGUAUGUGGAUAAAGUAUUAGGUAUCCUUGACCCAACAAAGAAACAAAAGAAAGCAAGUGAAGAAAAGGCACAAGCGUUGUUGAAAUUGCUGGGCAAGCAUAACAUUACUGAUUUAAACCUCACAGAGUAUGAAUUAAACAUUGCUUCACAACUCAUAAUCCCUAAAGAUAUUCCUGUUUCAUGGAAUCAGAUUGGAGGACUGGAUUAUAUUGUUGAGCAAAUAAAAGAAACCGUCAUUCUACCGUUUCAUAAACGUGAUAUAUUUCGUCAAUGUAAGCUGUUCCUCCCCCCAAAAGGUAUCUUAUUGUACGGGCCCCCAGGGUGUGGAAAAACAAUGAUUGCCAAAGCAACCGCAAGAGAAGCUGGUUGUGCUUUUAUCAACAUUGAAGUUCAACAAUUAACUGACAAAUGGUAUGGAGAGUCGCAAAAACUUGCAGCAGCUGUGUUCUCAUUGGCGCAUAAAUUACAACCUGCAAUUAUUUUUAUUGAUGAGAUUGAUGCCUUCCUUCAAAUGCGUUCGGAUCGUGAUCAUGAAGUGACUGCGAUGAUGAAAGCAACCUUCAUGAGUCUAUGGGAUGGGCUUGCUUCGGAUAAUGAAAGUCAGGUUAUGGUGAUGGGAGCCACGAAUCGGCCACAGCAAAUCGAUCAAGCAAUUCUUAGAAGGAUGCCAAUCAAACUCAACGUACCAAUGCCGGAUUUAAAACAACGAGCGAAUAUUUUAUCAAUCGUUCUUGAAGUUGAAGAUGUUUCUGAUGAUGUUGAUCUUGAAUUACUUUCGGAAUCAUUAAAUGGAUUUAGUGGAAGUGACAUCAGAGAGAUGUGUCGUCACGCAUCAGUGGCCCGGGUACACGAGCAUAUUCAAAGCGGUGCUGAUUCAGAUACUCUACGUUCAGUAUGUAUGAAUGAUUUGGUACAAGCUUCCAAAGUAAUGCAACAGAGUAAAGGUUCAGAAGUUCCAUACCUGUUUCCUGACGUACUUGGUAAACAUGGGCGAGAUGUUUGAUGUCUUCGACUAGAAUCACAUUCGGAGAAUGUUGAUUUAUCUUCUCGCUACUGAUCAAGUUAAUUGUAUUUUAUACAAAAUGCUUCAAACAACCAACAUUAAAAAUUAAAUGUUUAUUACAUCAGUUAAACUUCCUCGAAAAUAAACCAAGAACAAUUCAACUUAA